AUGUUGGACGACGAUCUCAAUUUCGAUCACGGAGAAGAAAUGCCGAUGGAUUUGGAAGCCGCCGGCGGCGAUAAUGACGACGACGACAAUGAAUCCUACGCGACGGCAUCGGCCGCCUCGCAACAGUAUUCCGUCACUGACAUGGGCAUUGAUGACGUUGCCUCAGAAAACCAUCCUAUUAUUGAUGACUGCAUGAGAACUUCUGCGUGGCCACUCAGCUAUGGGCAUUCAAUUAACGUUCUCUCAAGCUCUCCUUCCAUGAGUAUUGGUAAUUGGGGGACUGUUUCGGCGAGCAAACCGCCGCAAGUGGUUUUCGAAUCUUCGAUGUCUCGACCUUUGAUCGGCGGGGAUACUUCAGCAUCCUCUGUGAAACUCUCCAUGUUUUCCUCCCCGCAAUUCUCCAGCGCCGAGCUGCCAACACCAAAUAGGCAGUGUUCAACUAUGCAAGCAGGAUUUAAUGGAAUUAAUAUGCUAUGUGGUAUAGGCCUACUCACAAUUUCAUAUGCCAUAAUGCAAGGAGGGUGGUUGAGCCUCCUCCAACUAGUAUUUUUCGGUGUUUUGGCUUUCUAUACAGGCAUUUUGUUGAUGCGAUGCUUAGAGAGCAAUCCGGGAUCACUCCGAACUUACCCUGAUAUUGGUCAAGCUGCUUUUGGCUUUAGAGGUCGCAUACAAAUAUCUAUAAUUUUGUACUUGGAACUCUUUGGUGCUUGUGUGGAGUUUUUGAUCUUGAUUGCCGGUAAUUUGGCAUUAUUAUUCCCAAACGCCUGUAUGACUUUUGCUGGAAUCCAUCUCGGCAGUCAUCAACUAUUUACCAUUGGAGCGGCUCUGUUAGUUCUUCCAACUGUCUGGCAUCAAAAUCUUACUUUGCUUUCAUACUUCUCAGUUGGAGGAGUAGUUGCAUCCGUUCUGGUGGCGCUUUGCCUGUUAUGGAUUGGGGUGUUUGACGAAGUCGGGUUUCAUGCCGCAGGAACACCUUUAAACCUUUCAAAUCUAUGUGCCACUAUUGGCAUAUAUGCUUACGCUUUUGCAGGUCAUUCGGUAUUUCCGAAUAUCUACACUUCCAUGAAAGAGCCGUCGCGAUUUCCAUAUGUUCUAGUGAUGAGCUUUGUAUCCUGUCUUCUUAUCUCUAUUGGAGUUGGAGCAUGCGGCUGUCUAAUAUUUGGGGACUCCAUUGAAUCUCAGCUCACUUUGAGCAUGCCCAAGAAGUUUGUUGCUUCUAAAGUUGCAGUUUGGACAAUGGUUGCCAUUCCCUUGACAAAGUAUGCUUUGACAAUCACGCCCGUGGCAUUGAGUUUAGAGGAACUCCUGCCUUCGGAUUUGCGCGGAUCUUAUACCGUCCCGGUUUUUAUCAGAAGUUCUCUAGUUCUGUCAACUUUAGUUGUGGCCUUAACUGUCCCAUUCUUUGCAUCCGUGAUGGCGUUACUUGGUUCUUUGUGUGCAAUGCUAGUGUCUUUCAUCUUCCCAUGUGCUUGUUAUCUUAGCCUGUUCAGAGGAAGGCUAAGGAAGUUGGAGAUCACGAGUUGUGUUUUCGUUAUCGUCGUUGGGGUGAUAUGUUCUGUUCUUGGCACGUGUUCGGCGAUAGCAGGACUAAUUGCACAAAACAGAGCCUAA